CGCACUUUACAUUGCAGAGAGAGGCGACCAUUCCCUAAUUUUCCCAUCCAGGCUGUAGCCGCAGAAGCAUCCAGAGGGGAAUAUUUCAAGGCUUUGUUCAGAGGUGGAAUCCGUUUUCAGUCGCAAUCAUGUCUGGGCAUUCUUAUCAAGGCAAAAAGAAUAUUCCAAAGAUCACAAGCGACAGGCUUCUGGUCAAAGGCGGGAGGAUCGUCAAUGAUGACCAGUCCUUUUAUGCUGACAUCUACAUGGAGGAUGGCGUCAUUAAGCAGAUUGGAGACAACUUGAUCGUCCCAGGAGGGAUCAAGACUGUCGAGGCCAACGGCAAGAUGGUGAUCCCCGGUGGCAUUGACAUCCACACCCACUUCCAGAUGCCCUACCGGGGCACAACCACCGUAGAUGACUUCUCCCAGGGCUCCAAGGCUGCCCUGGCUGGGGGAACCACCAUGAUCGUGGACCAUGUGAUCCCAGAGCCGGGCAGCAGUCUGAUCGAGGCCUUUGAGCAGUGGAGGAGCUGGGCUGACGAGAAGACCUGCUGUGACUACUCCCUCCAUGUGGACAUCACCCACUGGAAUGACAGCGUCAAGCAGGAAGUAGACACACUGCUCAAGGAGAAAGGUGUGAACUCCUUCCAGGUCUACAUGGCCUAUAAGGACUUCUACCAGAUGAGCAACAGUGAGCUGUAUGAGAUCUUUACCUUCCUGGGAGAGAUGGGUGGCAUUGUGCAGGUCCAUGCUGAGAAUGGAGAGAUCAUCGCCGAGGAGCAGGCACGCAUGCUGGAGAUGGGAAUCACUGGACCAGAGGGACACGUGCUGAGCAGGCCAGAGGAGCUGGAGGCAGAGGCUGUGUUCCGUGCCAUCACCAUUGCCAGCCAGACCAACUGCCCCCUGUAUGUGACCAGGGUCAUGAGCAAGAGUGCUGCCGACAUCAUCUCACAGGCCAGGAAGAAAGGUAACGUUGUGUUCGGCGAGCCAAUCACGGCCAGCCUUGGGACUGACGGGACACACUAUUGGAGCAAGAACUGGGCCAAGGCCGCCUCCUUUGUGACAUCACCCCCCCUCAGCCCGGACCCCACCACCCCAGACUACCUGAACACGUUACUGGCCAGUGGUGACCUGAACGUGACUGGCAGUGCCCACUGCACCUUCAGCGUGGCCCAGAAGGCCAUAGGGAAGGAUGACUUCACUCAGAUCCCUGAGGGCGUGAACGGAGUGGAGGAGAGGAUGUCCCUCAUCUGGGACAAGGCUGUGACCACCGGCAAGAUGGACGAGAACAUGUUUGUUGCCGUGACGAGCACCAACGCCGCCAAGAUCCUGAACCUGUACCCCCGUAAGGGCCGGAUAGCCGUGGGCUCCGACGCCGACCUGGUCAUCUGGGACUCGGACACUGUCCGCACCAUCACUGCCAAGACGCACAACUCGGCUGCUGAGUACAACGUGUUUGAGGGCAUGGAGCUCCGUGGUGCCCCCUCGGUGGUGAUUUGCCAGGGGAAGCUGGUGCUGGAGGAUGGGAACCUGCAUGCCAUCUCCGGGGUCGGUCGCUUCAUCCCAUGCACCCCCUUCCCGGACUUUGCCUACAAGCGCAUCAAGGCCAGGAAGCAGCUGGCAGUCCUGCGGGCAGUGCCCAGGGGCAUGUAUGACGGACCCGUGUCUGACUUCUCGCCCAUGUCCCGUGGCGGUACCCCCUCAGCGUCUGCCCGCACCUCCCCCACCAAGCAGCCCGUGAGGAACCUCCACCACUCUGCCUUUAGCUUAGCAGGUAACCCUGCACAACGCGGUCCCCCCACUACAGAGGAUCCCCCCUGCCGGCCAGCGGGACGCCGCAUCGUAGUUCCCCCCGGUGGUCGCUCCAACAUCACAUCCCUUAGCUAAGAGGUUGAACCAGGAUAGAGACCAGUCAGAAGAUGACAACAGCCACUGGGAGAAGACGGAGACAUGAUUAGUUACAAGUUAAGAGUUGAGAAAAACACUGAAUCCUCAUGCCUUACCAGCCACAAUGCUACCUGCUUAAGCUUCUAAAGCAAAGUAUUCCUCCUCUUAGGGAAUUGCAGGUCAGUCACUAGAACAAUAUGUUAAUUUAAAGGAGAUUUGACAAAACCUUUACACAAAGAUUGAGUUUGUAUGCUAUGGAAUUACAUGAGCAUGGUUAUAACCAGAAUAUAGGUAAUCAAUAUGUAUUACUAUCCCUUACUGUCAACAUUAGUAAUUGUUUUAACUGUGCAUUGACAGUGUAGGUUCUACUCUGAAUCCAUAAUAUAGUUACAUUAACCUCAUGAUAACUGUCAUGACCAAUGACCACAGUGCUCUGAAGCUGGUUCCCUAGGAAAAGUAAUACUUCCUUUCUCAAAGCAAUGCUUUGGUUUUUCUUCCAUCAUGUUCGGCUUUCAAUGUCACCCUUUUUGAGUACUAGUCUGCAGAUAUACAGUAGUUCCCUAGCAAUGUAAUAAUAACAUGCAGUAACGUCCAUUACCGAUAGGUGGCAUUGUGAGUAUGUAUGGUAGAUGUAACGUAGCUUUGUGAAUGAUGUUGUCGCUGGCUCCCUGGGUUGUUGAACCAGAAAUUAUAGUCAUUAAUGAUUUAAAAAAAGAAACAAGAUAAAAACACAUCUGGUAAUACAGAUAUUUUGUAAACAUGCAAUAGCAUGUUGGUAGAAAUGGUUGUCAUGUUUAUUUUCCCUUGCGCUCCGCUCCAUCCUGGCUGUAGAUUACAUUGUGAGAAACCGUCCUUUGCAAUUGCUUCAAGCUUAAUGCCUGUUCCUAUACAUACCGCUGAGCAAGUCAUCUGGGUGGUAAAAGGAAAAUGAAACCCUUGCGCAAGAAGUACCAAGCUCAACUUCCAUGGCCUGGGUCGUGAAAUUGUAAUUCUGAGCUUUGUGAACAUUUUAAUGCAUAAAGAAAAUGAAAUCAGAAAAGUAACAACCCUGAUUUGAAAUAACAGUAAUUCACCACUGUCUUUAUUUGUAUUUUCCUGACAAUGUGGGAUCUCAUUUUGUAGCAGCAGACCAUCAUACCCUGCAUUCAAGAACAUAACAUUGAAACACUCUGAGAGUCUCCACAUUGUUGUACACUAUACCUGACUGACAUCCCUUGGUUUGGUAACUAACACCAAGGGGAAGACAGACAGCCUUAAACCUGGGUCACUCGCUUUCACAGUUCUUUUCUAUGCGUCUGGUUGGUCUACCUGUCCCAGACAAGGCCGGGGAUUGUAGUAUGUUUUAAGAAACAGGCGAGGAGGUGCUUUAUUUUUGCUAUCCCAAUCAGCUGAGGAAGAGGUUGUGAGGAAGUCGUUGUUUUAAUGAGUGAUGUGGAACUUCAAGCAAUCCAAGUGGUGAUUAUAUUUAUGUUAGUUUGACCUGAUCGUUGUUAUUGUUUUUAUGGUGUUGUUUUUUUACUGUUGUAUCAAAACCCAGAGAAGGCAGGUUAAAAAAACAUUGAGGUGUGAUGUGGUGUUAUGAACUGUUCCUGAAUAAACAUGAGUUGCAACUGA